AUCAUUAUACAUAUGAUUAUUUAAAAGUCGGAGAUAGAAAAGGUUUGCGUCGAAGCGAAUUUAGUUUUAGGAAUCCCACCGUAAUUUAUGUUCACAGCAAUCUUGAGAAAGCUACAAGCAAUCGCAGAGUGCUCAAGCGAUUAAUAAAGCAUUUUUGGAAAAAGGAAGGUACAAUGUCAUACUCGUCGAUUGGAGUAGAUUGUCUUCAGCACCCUGGCACGAUAAUUCUAUUCGUAAUAUAAAAGUUGUUGGCAAACAUGUGGCAAAAUUUAUACGAUUUCUUGUAAAUGAGGAUUAUCGUUUGAGAAAGAUCCAUGUGAUAGGUUUUGGUAUGGGAGCAGAAGUGGCUGGUUACAUAGGCAAAAAAUUAAAGAAAUGGGACUAUAAAUUGUCCAGAAUAACGGGUCUGGAUCCACCUUAUUAUUCAUUUAAGCCCGAGAGUUCCUAUCGCUACCUGAAUUACAAAGUGGCUCGAUUUGUUGAUAUUAUACAUACCGAUGGUAGCUUAUCGGGUAAUUCAGAAGCAAUGGGUCACGCGGAUUUCUAUCCUAACGGUGGCACUGCUUUACAGCCUGGUUGUAUAACUAGGAAAGUUUCUGAUGAUCGUUGCAUUGAUUCAUUCUUUGACUGCAGUCAUAAUCGUGCUUGGAAAUAUUUCGCAGAAUCUGUUAAUAGUCGUUAUACUUUUAGAUCCAAGAUAUGCAAACCUUCCAAAACAUUUAGAUAUUGUGAAUUUGGUCCUAAUGGCAAAGCAUAUAUGGGUUUUUACGCUGAUGAAGAUUUACGUGGUAAAUUUUAUUUGGAUACAAACAGUUACCCUCCCUUUGGAAAACGAAAUUAAGGAAAAUUUCAGAAGAACACAAUUACAUGAAGGGGAAGAUUUUACACUCAAAUCUAAUAAAAGAAUUAUAAUAAAAUAC